AUGAGUAAACUCUCGCCAAUUAAAUUAAACAAUCGUACCAACCCAACUCUACAGAUGGUGCCCAACCAUACUGAUUGUGCCCAUGCCUACAGAUGGUGCCCAACCCUUCAGAUGGUGCCCAACCCUGCAGAUUAUGCCCAACCCUUCAGAUGGUGCCCAACCCUGCAGAUUAUGCCCAACCCUACAGAUUGUGCCCAGUCCUACAGAUUGUGCCCAACCCUACAGAUUGUGCCCAACCCUUCAGAUGGUGCCCAACCCUGCAGAUUAUGCCCAACCCUUCAGAUGGUGCCCAACCCUGCAGAUGGUGCCCAACCCUUCAGAUGGUGCCCAACCCUGCAGAUCGUGCCCAAUCCUACAGGUUGUGCCCAGUUUUACAGAUUGUGCCCAACCCUACAGAUUGUGCCCAACCCUACAGAUCGUGCCCAACCCUACAGGUUGUGCCCAGUUUUACAGAUUGUGCCCAACCCUGCAGAUGGUGCCCAACCCUUCAGAUGGUGCCCAACCCUGCAGAUCGUGCCCAAUCCUACAGGUUGUGCCCAGUUUUACAGAUUGUGCCCAACCCUACAGAUUGUGCCCAGUCCUACAGAUUGUGCCCAACCCUACAGAUUGUGCCCAACCCUACAGAUUAUGCCCAACCCUACAGAUUGUGCCCAGUCCUACAGAUUGUGCCCAACCCUACAGAUUGUGCCCAGUCCUACAGAUUGUGCCCAGUCCUACAGAUUGUGCUCAACCCUUCAGAUGGUGCGACCCCCUACAGAUUGUGCCCAACCCUACAGAUUGUGCCCAACCCUACAGAUUAUGCCCAACCCUACAGAUUGUGCCCAGUCCUACAGAUUGUGCCCAACCCUACAGAUUGUGCCCAGUCCUACAGAUUGUGCCCAACCCUACAGAUUGUGCCCAACCCUACAGAUUAUGCCCAACCCUACAGAUUGUGCCCAGUCCUACAGAUUGUGCUCAACCCUUCAGAUGGUGCGACCCCCUACAGAUUGUGCCCAACCCUACAGAUUGUGUCCAACCCUACAGAUUAUGCCCAACCCUACAGAUUGUGCCCAGUCCUACAGAUUGUGCCCAACCCUACAGAUUGUGCCCAGUCCUACAGAUUGUGCCCAACCCUACAGAUUGUGCCCAACCCUACAGAUUAUGCCCAACCCUACAGAUUGUGCCCAGUCCUACAGAUUGUGCCCAACCCUACAGAUUGUGCCCAGUCCUACAGAUUGUGCCCAACCCUUCAGAUGGUGCGCAACCCUACAGAUUGUGCCCAACCCUACAGAUUGUGCCCAACCCUACAGAUUAUGCCCAACCUUACAGAUUGUGCCCAACCCUACAGAUUAUGCCAACCCUACAGAUUGUGCCCAACCCUACAGAUUGUGCCCAACCCUACAGAUAGACAACUGA